ACCAAUUUUUUUUUUCCUCCUUCAUUUUGAAAAUAAAUAAACUUUGGAAACAAAAAUUCUCAGAGAGAAAACUCAGAGAGAGAGAGAAGGAGAAGAGGACGAAGACAGGUAGGAGGAGAGACAGAGAGGGAGAGAGGGACGACCGUUUUUGUCAACAGGGAGACAAAAGAGACGGAGACAACAAUGGCGGAGGAGAAUAGGGAGAAGCAGAAUGAAGAAGAGAGCGUUAAGGUUUUCGUCGGACAAAUACCGAGACAUAUGUCGGAAUCUCAGCUCCUUGCAUUGUUUCAAGAGUUCGCUGUCGUAGACGAGGUCAACAUCAUCAAGGACAAGAUCACACGCGCCUCUCGAGGAUGCUGUUUUGUGCAAUGUCCGUCGCGAGAGGAAGCAGAUAAGCUGGUCAAUUCUUGCCAUAACAAGAAGACAUUACCUGGUGCAGCUAGUCUAUUGCAAGUAAAGUAUGCAGAUGGCGAAUUGGAAAGGCUAGAGCACAAGCUUUUUGUUGGUAUGCUUCCAAAGAACGUCUCUGAAGCUGAACUUCUAUCUUUAUUCUCCAAGUACGGAGCCGUAAAGGAUCUACAGAUUCUUAGAGGCGCUCAGCAAACAAGCAAAGGCUGUGCUUUUCUUAAGUAUGAGACAAAAGAACAAGCUCUUUCCGCCAUGGAUGCCAUCAAUGGAAAACACAAAAUGGAGGGUUCAACCGUUCCUUUAGUUGUGAAAUGGGCAGACACAGAAAGGGAGAGACACACAAGAAAACUCCAAAAGGCUCAAUCCGACAUGGCUAGAUUAUCCAACGCUGAUCCAACAAACCCUUCAUUGUUUGGAGCAUUACCAAUGAGCUAUACUCCACCAUAUAACGGUUAUGGUUAUCAUCAAGCUCCUGGAACUUAUGGUUACAUGCUACCACCAAUUCAGAACCAAGGUAAUCACAACGCGUUGCAAAGAGCCUCACCUGACUCUUUACCACCUCGCUUGGCCCGGAGAAACUUUCCUUACAUGAGCUCUGGUUAUCCCCCUGUACGAGGUCUUCCUUAUCCAAUGUCUUAUCCUAGAGGGCUCAUGAGUCCUCGCCUUCUAAGUAACUCUCCUGGUUCCAUAUCACCUGGCGUUGCACACAGCAGCGGGUCAGCAACACCUUUGAGUUCCAUUGUUCAAACCGAAGGUCCGGAAGGUGCGAAUCUGUUUAUCUAUAACAUACCUCGUGAGUUUGGGGAUCAAGAACUCUCCGCUGCGUUUCAGCCUUUUGGUAUUGUUCUGAGCGCUAAGGUUUUUGUAGACAAAGCCACUGGCGCAAGCAAGUGUUUUGGUUUUGUUAGUUAUGACUCACAAGCAGCAGCUCAGAAAGCUAUUAACAUGAUGAAUGGUUGCCAUUUAGGUGGUAAGAAACUGAAAGUCCAGCUUAAGAGAGACAACAACAACAACAACAAUGGCCAACAUAAUAGUUAAAAACUCUAAGCCAUCCUCUCUGCAAAUAACAAUUUGUAAUUUAUGUGCAUUAUUGAAAUUUAUGUAAACAUUUUAUGAUUUAUUAACAUUAAAAUUCAUUGAA